CAUAAAACAACUUGUAAAAACCGGUAAAGAAUAACUAAAUCCUAAUUUAGUAAGAUGUCAUGAAAUUGAGUAAUAGAGCAUCGUUUAUUUUACACAUAUUCUAUUCCGGUUCCCUUCGACACGCCACUAUGAAAGAGUAACAAAGAGAAGCGUGUUUAACGGUCUAUUUUAGUACAGGAAAACCAAAGCUAAUACUGCAUCCAAAUUGACUUGUCAUUUUUCUCUUCCACUACAAGAUUGUUGAGGGUUGUAGAAGCAACAAUCUGGCUAACAAGAUGUAUUUUCCUAGAAAAUAGACCUUUUCCUUUCUUUGUCUUCAAUGUAGAACUUUUUAAAAAAAAAAAAAAAAUAAAGACAAACGACAAAAGAAACGCUGAGAAUGAUUGUUACUAUGCUUUACAGUUAUGUGUUUUAUUGCAUCAUAAAUGAUCAAUACCAAUUGUAUAGUAUAUAUAAAACAAUGUAUUUGGUGUUAGUAAUAAGGCCGCUUAACUCAGUUGGUAGAGUGUGAGAUUCCAAAUCUUGAAGUCAAGUGUUCAAGUCACUUAGUGGUCAUUUUUUUCAGUUCACUUACAGUAAGUGAAAAAAUUUUUGUCUUUACAUUCUUAAACGUUGUUUAAAGAAAAGAAAAGAAAAAAAAAAGUCUUAUUUUUAUUGUUCUGUUUGCAUCAGUUUCUGGCUUUAGUAGCACCAAGUCAAGUUUGCCUUUGUUUAACAAAAGCCCUAACUGUUUAGCCGUCUGCUGCUCUUGCUUUGGACAUUGGUGACAUACUGGGAGAAUUGGUUUAAAUUUUUAGCCGUAAAACGAAAAGGAACUUGAAAAAGAUAAAGAGAAAAGAGAAAUAGUAUAUUCAAUAUGCCGGAAUCCAGAAAUACAGAGUUUGAUCCUAAUACGAAGAAUAAGAGCGCCGAUGAAAUGUACAAUGAGCUCAACAAGAUUCCUUUCUUUAUGCAGUCUUUAGACGAUGUUGAAGAAGAGGGAGAAGGUAAUGCUCAAUUGGAGGCCUUGAAAGCCUUGGCUUAUGAAGGCCAACCACACGAAGUUGCACAGAAUUUUCGUGAACACGGAAAUGAGUGUUUUAGCACAAAGCAAUACCGUGAAGCUGCCGAGUAUUAUACGAAAGCUUUGGGUGAAAAAUGCGGAAAGCCAGAGAUUGAAAUUCCUUGCUACUCGAAUCGUGCGGCAUGUAAUUUGAUAUUCGAAAACUAUCGACAAGUACUGAACGACUGUAGGCAAGUUCUCCAACGUGACCCACAACAUUCCAAAGCCUUAUUUCGCUCCGCAAAAGCCCUUGUUGCGUUGAAACGAUACGAUGAAGCUGAAAGUUGUAUCCGGUUGUUUUCCGCUUCACAACGAGGCGAUCCUGCUGUUGAAGCGUUGAACAAAGACCUAAAACGAAAGAGAGAUACUUUUGAAAAAAUGGAAACAGAAAAGAGAAGAAUUGCCGAGGAAAAAGUUACUGCGGCAAGAGUUGUUAUAGAAGCCAUGAAACUACGUCGCAUUCGCACCAAAACUUCCGAUUGUCCCCCCGAUAUGGGAAAUGCCAUGGUCACAAUGACCACAUUUGAUGACCCGAGAAGUGAAAUGUAUUUGCCUACUUUAUUACUAUAUCCUUUGACUUUACAGUCUGAUUUCCUUCCCUCGGUUUCUGAAAGUACCACUCCACAAGAGCUAUUGGAAAUGGUAUUCUCCGAACAGGCACCUUGGGAUUCUGAAUAUAUUUACCGCCCCGAAACUUUAGACGUCUUUGCCGCAACCUCUACUGGCGGUCUCAUGAAAGUUGGAAAACGCGUCCCUAUGUUGCAAGCACUUAUUCAUCCAAAGGCUAUAUUGAUAGACGGCCUUGUUCAAUUUCAUGUUGUUCCUUCUUCCCAGACUUCUGCAUUUAUUACUUCUUGGAAACAAAACAAGAGUUCUUGAGCUUCGCAACCAAAUAUCAUUGUGGACUUUCUUGGCUAUUGUCUUUCUUUUUGGACGGUGUUGAUUUCAAUUUGGUGAAAUUAGGAAUCUGCAAAUUGGAUUGGGUAACUUUAGGAAAAAAAAAUAUUAUUCUUUCAUGGAAAACUAUAAAUUAAUCAUCAC